AGUUGACUUAUGUAGGUACACCACAGUUCUGGAGGAAUUCACUUUAGCUGAAAUAAAUAAAACCAAAGUUUUUAUAAAUUUGACAAAAUAACUCAACAACUGAUUAUCUAGCAAUUUUUUAGUUACAUAAUAGUUUGCAAUAGUAGUACUAGUACUUAUCAAUUAAGUAGAAUGAAGUACGUGGUUAAUGGUAAAGUCAAGAACACGAAAAAUAAUUCAGAUUCAAAUUUUCAACCAACAAUAAAAGUUAACGUCACUGAUCAUCCAAAAAAUUUUGAAGAUGUUUUGGAAACAUUGGGUGGCUUCGGAAUGUUCCAAGUUUUGGUUAUGUUUUUAUACUUGAUACUAGAAAUCCCAAUGGCGUUUGCAAUUUUCAUUCCAAUAUUUGUUGGAAGAUCUCCAGAAGCUUGGUUGUGCAACAAUGUAACCGUUUUUGAAAGCGAAAUAUGUCAAUGUAAUGGUACGAUAGCCGGCGUGUCAAAUGAAUCUAUAGUCUCCGAGUGGAAUUUAGUCUGUGGGAAUGCAUGGAUAUCCGAUUUCAUUACAAGCGUCCAAAUGGUUGGUCUCUUCUUUGGGAGUAUUUUUGGCAGUCAAAUUGCGGAUUGGUACGGUCGUAAGAGUGGAUUUUUACUUUCGAUUUUAUUGGUGUCACUCGGCUCCUCAGUCAGCGCUGCCUCCCCAUCGCCGUACGUUUAUGCAGUUUCUAGAUUUUGCAGUGGUGCAGGGAUACAAUGUUUUAUAAAUGUCACAGGCGCUGGUGUUAUGGAAUUUAUGCCACCAAAGUUCAGGUCUCUUGCAAAUUGUAUAGGACCGUUGGGAGAGGGGAUCAUGAUUUUGAGUGUGAUAUCGUACUAUGUUCGCCCAUGGAGAACAUUGUACUGGAUUACCACAGCCCCAUUUGUUUUAAUUAUUUUUAUAUUCCCAUUUUUACCAGAAAGUCCACGAUGGCUUCUUCGUCAGAAUAGGGUUGAGGAGGCGCAUGCCGUUCUAAACUAUGUGGCAAAUGUUAAUAGAAAGAAGCAAAUUGAUAUUAACGUUCUCAAAGAAAUUGCCAAAAGUGAAGACCAGAGUUGCUCUCAAACGUCUCAAAACGAACAUCCCGGAUAUCUUCAAUUUCUAACGGAUCGAAACCUUCGAACGACGAGCUUGUUCAUAAUUGCCAUUUGGUUUGCUUGGUCCUUAACUUAUUAUGGGAUAAGCUUUAACAUAAAAAACUUGGAGGGACACAUUUACAUCAAUGUUUUUCUCAAAGGGGUUGCAAAUGCAUUGGGACAACGAGCCACACUUUUAAUAAACGAUAGCAUGGGAAGAAAAAUUUCUUUAUUUGCCUCCAUGACUUUUGGUGCGGUGUUUAUGGUGAUCACUGCCAUAAGCUUCCUCGCAAUGGGAGUGAACGUGCCCGGCGAACUUGUUCUCGUCCUCUGCCUCCUCAGCUUGUUCGGAAUGUCGGCUACAAGGUCAACAAGCAAACUCUUAACUGGAGAAUCCUUCCCAACAAAUCUUAGAGCAAUGAGCUUUGGAAUUUCUGGAAUUGCCAUAACGUUGGGAGGCGUCCUUUCCCCUCAGUUGGCCUUUCUGGGUUCUAAUUGGCCGGCCAUUCCAUUUUUCGUAUUUGCCAUUGUCAGCGUCGGGGGAUCUCUGGUCUCAUUUUUAAUGAAGGAGACAAUGGGACUCAACCUGGAUGAGAACACGACCUGUGAUGAAAAGGAAGAUGAAGAAACCUAAAACUGAAACCAAAUUUUUUAAAUUCUUGAUAACAUUAUCUGUAUUAGUGUAAUAUUGAAUAGAAUACAAAAAUUGAACGUGUAGAUGAACGCGUUUAGACGGUAAAUGCACACAAGUAUUUACAUAUGCACUUAUUAGAUUCAGCGAAAUAAAUUGUGAUGCACAAAAUAAA